UUUUACUUUGAAGGUAACCGCCCAUCACGUCCGGUGUUCCUGUGUGUGUGUGUUUGUGUGUGACUUGACGCUGCUGCUGAAUUGACAGCGCAUCAAAAGACUGAAAACACGAGCUGCCAGCAGCCGCACAACUAUGCCCACACGGAGACACCCAGACCUCCUACAGCCGGCAGUCCGGCUCUUCAGCCGGAGGGAACGUGAGUGUUUUUAACGCGGAAUAAUUAACUUUAACCCACAGAUGAGCAGAGAGUUUUCCGAUGAUCGCCGGCUUUGUCCUUCCUGACAGCGCUGAGCAGCACUGACGGUGCAACAACGGCGCUGCUCUCGCUGCGGACCGUGAGGUGGUUUCCUCGGGACUAAACUGGGUGGUAACGCCACGUACGACGAUAUACGAGACAAUCAAACAAAUCGCUUUGUGUGGGGUAGCAGCCGAGCGCUGAAGUGAAACACUAUGUGAAACCGGCGAUGAUCAACUUGGUGGAAAGUUGGGAGAGAAGGCGCAUCAAAAGAAGUACUUAGAAAAAAGUGAUGUUUUUGGAGCACGCGACUGCAAGUUCAGUCUGACGCCAGCGACCGACACAUCAUCUGUUGCAGAAAAAUUUGAUAAUAUAAUGUGCGAAGUGGCCAUGGAGGAGCAGGAGCGGGAGAUCUCGGACAUAGACCCGCAGGAGAGCUCCACGGUGGUGGCGGAGAACGGAGUCAUGCUGGUGGUGAAUCACAGCCGGAUCCGGGCUCCCUGGAGCGUCGUGCUGGCCACCGUGCUCUACUUGGCGGAGUUCAUCACCGCCGGCGUGCUCUGCAGCAUGUACCACAAGACCGACGAUGUCAUCUGGAUGGGCUUCACCAUCGCCUUCAUGCUGCUGCCCGCCUUCCUCAUCCAGCUUGCGCUCACGUUCAUCCACAGGGACCUGGGUCGGGACCGGCCUCUGGUGCUCUUCCUGCACCUGCUGCUGCUGGGCCCUCUAAUCAGGUGUUUAGAGGCUCUGGUGAUCUACUUCAAGGCGGGGGAAAAGGAGGAGCCGUACGUAACAAUCUCUAGGAAGAUCAGUCUGAAGAAGGGCCAGGGGACGCCAAUGGAGUGGGAAAUUGGCCAGUCGGAGCGCAACCUGGCCACCCACAGAAACGCCUUCAAACGCUGCGCAAUCAUCCAGGCUUUUCUGGGCUCUGCGCCUCAACUGACACUCCAGCUGUACGCCACCAUCCAGGAGAAAUACUUGCUGCCUGCAAGAUUGGCUCUGAUGAUCAUCACCCUGAUGUCCAUCACAUACGGUGCUCUCGUGUGCAACGUCCUCGCCAUCCAGAUCAGAUACGACGAUUACAAAGUGCGACUGCGCCCUUUCGCCUACCUGUGCGUGAUCGUGUGGAGAGGGUUGGAGAUUGCCACUCGUAUCACCGCUCUGGUCCUCUUCAGCACGGCGCUCACGCACUGGGUGAUCCUGGUUGGCAUGGCUAACCUGCUCUUCUUCUUCUUCCUCCCCUGGGUCGAGUUCUGGGCCAAGAAAGGCUCACUGACUGAGAACGUGGACAAAAACUUCUCUGUGCUGGGCACCACGGUGGUGCUGUGCAUGGUCACGCUGCUCUACUCCUGCAUCAACACCUUCUGCUGGUCAGCAGUGCAGCUGGACCUCUCCCACCGAGAGCUCAUCGAGAGGAAGCAGCGCUGGGACCGCUUGGCCAUGUACUACACUGGACGCUUUGUGGAGAACUUCCUCCUCAUCACACUCUGGUAUUUCUUCAAGUCGGACUUCUACGAGUACGUGUGUGCACCGCUGCUGGCCGUGCAGCUGCUGAUCUGCUACAGCCUAGCAGUGCUCUUCAUGCUGCUCUUCCACCAGUUCGGCCACCCCUGCAGACGCCUCUUCAAGUACAACGUGCACGACUGUUUGCACUGCGUCUGCUGCCGUCCAGGAAGGAGGGGAGCGAGCAGUCGACGAGGUAAGCCUCCGCCCUCUUACUCUACUACUGCAACCAUGGUACUGAUGCCAGAGGAGCCACGGGAGCUGCUGGACCCCCAAAACUCACAACCCCUCGACCUCACCAGUCAGCUGGGGGAGCGGGAGACGGCUAUAGUUGAAGACACGAUGGAUGCAGCUUGAAGAGUGUUUGAGGGGAAUUACAUGAACAGGCUAGAGAACAAACUUUUCCUCGUAAAUGCACUAAACUUUACUCAUUCGUGGUUGUGAGGUUCAGGUUAACUCCUGACGUCUUUAUCGAGGGUGAUUACGUACACUCGGGGCACAGCGAGGCCCCAGUACACCAAAGAAUGUAGCAUGUCGAGAUAUGCACAAAGGCCGCCUUGAGAGAGCAGCAGUGGGUCAUGCACAGGACUGAGCCAGGUGUGCGGGAAACGUGCCAAGAGUGUCCGAAAGACUGACCGGGACACCCCCAAGUUUACUUCCUCUCAGGGUUUUGACACCAUGGACGCCCCCUCCUUUGCACUUGAUUGCAUCUGCACUUAACAGACAAAAAAAAACAGCAGGGGGGCAAGAAAAGGUCUGAAAAGAUGAAAAUAGCUUCCUCAUACCCAACUUUAAAUCUACUGUGAUGAAUGCCUUGUGUUAUUCACUGUUCAGUCUGGUUGCCCUGAGAAAUAGGUUUUAGUUUGGAAAAAAAAAAAAAAAAGAGGAAACACACAACAGUUGGUGAAAAUAUUCUAUUGUAACUGGGGAAAAUUCAAACUAAAAGGGAUGGUUCGGACUUUUUGAAGUUGGGUUAUAUGAGGUUCUUCUUCAUAGGAGGUGUAUUACAUACACUGGAUGUCAGUCUGCACGGCCCCAGUUCGGAAAACAGGCAUAAGGACCCCCACGGAAGCAACAUAAUCUACUGCUGGAGAGAGGUCAGCAACAAAACAUAUUUUAGCCACCUAAAAAUAAUAUCAGUGUUAGUGUACACUAUAUUGAGAGUAUUUU